UAUCAUCUCAGUAGUCUUGAUGCUCUCAACCCUAAUCUCCAUUCAUAUCCAAAAAGAAGAAAUACAUCUGAGAAUUUGUUCGUCAUCUUCUCUAGGUUUUCCCUCCCUCUAAACUCUGAACUCCGACUGAAAUCACCAAAUCGGAGUGUUGGUUGCGUUACCGUGAACCUUGAGGCCUGCUGCGGUGCCGCCUGUGGGUGUUGCGUGAUUGCGACUGCGCUACCGUAAGUGCAUCUCUGUAUCUCUCGACUGCGACUGCGACUGCAUUGGAAGGUUGCUGACUUACUGUCGCUGCUGCUUUGUGUCGUUCCUGGUUGCUGCUGCCUGCUGCCCUCUUCUCCUCCCCUGUUGUGUCAUUUUAGGAAGAAAACUGUGCUGUGUUCUUGAUCGGUGAAGAGCACUGUGCUGUGUUCUUGCAUAAUUAUAGAAAGUGUACUCUUCAAGCCCUUGGAUUAUUUUCACUGCUGAUCAGGUGAAGCUUUAUAUUCAUUUUGAGUUGAAUGAAGUCUCAAAUAUAACAUAUAUCAGAAAGGUAUGUUGAACUUCGUUUACAUAUACAGGUAAUGGAAUAUGUGACUGGGGCAGGAGCAGCAGCAUUGCUGCAAUCAGCAGUGUUUGCAAAGGCAGGGCAACCUGAAGUUCAAUGGAUAAAGGUUUGCAACAUGUAAAAUAUACGACAUCUCACUUCUCCAUCGGCACUGCAUCUUCCACACUUGGGUACUCCCUCCAUAUUCACAACUUAAAAUUAUUGAGCUCGACAACCCUGUUACAGAACCAAAUCCAUCAAAUGUUGUUCAAGACAUGUGCUUGCUCCUUAUUGGCCAUGACAGUUUAUGCCAUCUUCUACAACUAUACCCACAAAACUCUUACUCUCACGAGUUCAGAGGUUCCUACCUAAACCAUGGAAACAACCUACCAAACAGUUUGACAAACACUUUGCCUUCACUGAUGCAUCUAUGGUUGGUGUUCUUGUUGCAGCUCUCAAGGACUUUGUUAACCAAGCCAACUUGUCUAACGCAUUCAAAACCUUCUUUCAAAUACAGCAACAUGCAGCACCAUCACUUUCUACUGCUUCUUCUUCCUAUAUCUUGUUACACCCCAUUAGUUCUCUUCUCUUGGGUUGCACUAACCUUAAAUCAUUGCCACAGGGUAAGCAGCUUCAUGCCCAAGUCAUUUCAUUGGGUCUUGAUCAACACCCUAUUUUGGUUUCAAGGCUCACUAAUUUUUACACUAGUUUCACUCUCCUUGCUGAUGCUAAUGUUGUUGUUGAGAGCUCCACUAGUUUGGAUCCAUUGCCUUGGAAUAUGGUUAUAUCUUCCUAUGUUAGAAAUGGGCUCUUUAUGGAGGGUCUUUCCGCAUAUAAGAAAAUGGUGAAUAAGAGGAUUGAACCUGAUGAUUUCACUUACCCUUCUGUUCUAAAGGCUUGUGGGGAAUUGUUAGAUUUUGCUACUGGUGUGGAGGUUCACAAGUCUAUUGAGGCUAGCUCAAUUGGGUGGAGCUUGUUUGUGCACAAUGCAUUGGUCUCUAUGUAUGGUAGGUUCGGGGAAUUGAAGGUUGCUCGCCAAAUAUUUGAUAAAAUGCACCACAGGGAUGAUGUUUCUUGGAACACUAUGAUCAAUUGUUAUGCUUCAAGGGGGAUGUGGGAGGAAGCGUUUUGGCUAUUUGGAUGCAUGCAAGAGGAGGGUGUUGAAAUGAAUGUGAUCAUUUGGAAUACUAUUGCUGGAGGGUGCUUGCAUUCAGGAAAUUUUAGUGGGGCACUUAAGAUGCUUUCUCAGAUGAGAACUAAAAUUCAUUUGGACAAUGUUGCGGUGGUUGUUGGAUUGAAUGCAUGUUCCCACAUUGGAGCCCUUAAAUUGGGAAAGGAGAUUCAUGGUCAUGCUGUAAGAACAUGCUUAGAUGCAUUUGAAAAUGUAAGAAAUGCAUUAGUUACAAUGUAUUCCAGAUGUUGUGACCUCAGGCAUGCAUAUAUAAUGUUCCACAGAAUGGAAGACAAGGGUUUAGUUACUUGGAACGCGAUGCUUUCUGGAUAUGCACACAUGGAUCGAUCUGAGGAAGUCUCACACCUUUUCAGAGAAAUGUUACACAAGGGUGUUGAACCAAAUUUUGUAACCAUUGCAAGUGUUCUUCCCCUUUGUGCUCGCAUAGCGAAUCUGCAACAUGGCAGGGAGUUUCAUGGCUACAUCAUGAAGUGUGAAGAGUUUGAUAAGUAUUUAUUAUUGUGGAACGCUCUGGUGGACAUGUAUGCGAGGUCUGGCAAAGUCUUAGAAGCCAGAAGAGUGUUUGAUUCGCUGAGUGCAAGAGAUGAAGUCACAUAUACUUCCAUGAUCUUGGGGUACGGUAUGAAGGGAGAAGGACAAACUGCUCUAAAACUAUUUGAAGAGAUGUGCAAGUUGAAGAUUAAACCAGACCAUGUAACAAUAGUUGCAGUUCUAACAGCUUGCAGCCAUUCUGGUCUUGUAUCUCAGGGUCAGUUACUCUUUAAACAGAUGACAGAUGUUCAUGGGAUGAUACCGCGCAUCGAGCACUUUGCUUGCAUGGUUGAUCUCUAUGGAAGGGCUGGCCAUCUGAACAAAGCAAGGGAUGUUAUUACUGGGAUGCCAUGCAAGCCAACUUCUGCAAUGUGGGCGACACUCAUUGGAGCUUGUCGAAUCCAUGGAAACACAAUGAUGGGGGAAUGGGCUGCAGGAAAAUUGAUGGAAAUGAAACCUGAUCACUCGGGUUAUUAUGUGUUGAUUGCGAACAUGUAUGCAGCCGCUGGUUGUUGGAGCAAGCUUGCUGAAGUGAGGAGUUACAUGAAGAACAUAGGUGUGAGAAAGGCACCAGGCUGUGCUUGGGUUGAUGUUGGCAAUGAGUUUUCUCCAUUUGUGGUGGGAGACACUUCCAACCCUCGUGCUUAUGAGCUCUACCCUUUAAUGGAUGGACUCAAUGAAGUAAUGAAAGAUGCUGGUUAUGUAAGUAAUGAGGAGACUGUUUCACCCGAGGAACAUUUUGAAGAGUUGAAUGUUGUAGGGAGUGUAUACUAAAUUAAUGUGCCACAUAAGCAUGUUUUGGAGAGAGAUCAUUGACAGAGAGGUUAACAGUCUAGUAAAAUUAAAUAUCAAGGAUCGAAAUAGGUAUUUUUUUUCAAGUAGUGUUUUGAAGAAAUUAUAUCGGGAUGGAUAUUCAAUAAAAAUCAAAGAAAGAUUUGAAAUAUGUUACAUAUUUGUAACUUCAUGUAUACGGCUAUACGCCAGUAGAGAAAUAGAUUUAAGAAAGAAAUAUAUGUAUGUAUUUAUAUACAUCAAUCUCCGUGAGAUUAAGUACGAUGCAUGGCCAAAGAACGAUGAAUUAUCUGACUUUCUGCAUUC